GGGCCUCCCCUUUGUUCUUAUGAAACUCCACUUGCACAUAAAUAGAAAGAUACCAAUUAAAAGAGCCUAUCGGUAUCAGUACACUUCCUCCUCCCUCUCCCUCUCCCUCGCUCUCUUCGAUGACAUGGGGCUAAAAGAAUUUAGGGUUUCUUGAGUUCUUGCUCUCUCUCUCCCUAUAACUCUCUCUCUCUCUCUGUGGAGAUUUUUCAUUGCAGCUUUUUUGGUUUUUUGUUUUUUCUCUUCUUCUGCUGCUGUUGUUCUUGUUGUUUGGUCGUAGCGAGAAAAGAAAGAUAGAGAGAUGGGGAGAGGGAGGGUUCAGCUGAAGAGGAUCGAGAACAAUAUCAGCAGGCAAGUGACUUUCUCCAAGCGACGGACUGGGUUGCUCAAGAAAGCCAACGAGAUCUCCGUCCUGUGCGACGCCGACGUCGCCCUCAUCGUCUUCUCCACCAAAGGGAAGCUCUUCGAGUUCUCCAGUGACUCUUGCAUGGAAAGCAUCUUGGAGAGGUACGAGAGAUACACAUAUGCGGAGCGACAGAUAGUGGCCACUGAUUCCCAUCAAGCGCAGGGAAGUUGGUCGCUUGAAUAUCCCAAGCUCGCGGCUAGGAUCGAAGUCUUGCAGAGGAACAUAAGAAACUUGACUGGAGAAGAGCUUGAUCCCUUAAGUCUAAGAGAGCUGCAGUAUUUGGAGCAGCAGCUUGAUACAGCUCUUAAGCGCAUCAGGACCAGAAAGAACCAGCUCAUGCACGAGUCGAUUUCUCAGCUGCAAAAGAAGGAGAAAGCCCUGCAAGAGCAGAACAACAUGCUCUCUAAGAAGAUCAAAGAAAAUGAGAAGAUAAUGACAGAGAGUGGGCAAUGGGAGCAGCAAACCCUAGCACCGACCACAUUCUCCUUCAUGCUACAACCCACUGUGCCCCUUCCUUCCCUCACCAUUGGCAACACGUUUCAGACAAGGCAGGUACUUGGAGGAGCGGAACAAGAGGAAAGUUCUCAAGCCCGACCGUCCAACACGCUCAUGCCGCUUUGGAUGAUGCGCCGGUCCAACGAAUAGAGAUAGAGACCGACAACAUUCUCCUCGACAGCAGCUUUUGAUUACAGCCAAAAAGCCUUUUUCACUUCACUACAAGGUUAUGUUACGGCGCGAGUUUUAGCUCGCUGCUUCCUAUAUAUGACCCUCAAUAAUCGGUGUAAAGUAUCAGAACCACUCCUUCAUUAUAAGAAAGCAAUUGGGUAUCCAAUCCAAUUCCUCUU